AUUUGCAACUUAAACCAAAACAAUAGAAAAUUGAUGUUGCUUAAAAGGGGUCUUUCCGUCUCUGGGAUCGCUAAAAACUAGCAAAAUAGUGCAAAAAUAACACGACAAAAAUUGCUCGUAGUAGAAUUUUCCCUGCGUAGACGACGACGACGAAGAUGGAAUCGGUGACACAGCUCUUCGAGGAUCUCGACAACACCAACAACCAGCAAAAUAUCGAGGAAUCCAAACGGAAACUCGUCGAAGUGUUCAACAUGACGAAAGAUUCGUGGCUCGUGCACGGCUUCAUCGACUACUACAGUCACACAAUGUCGGAACGGGUGCUCGAUGUCUUGGCAAAAGUGAGUCAACCGCAUGACAAAUUCAUCUUUGAUCGGUUGUGCGAGUUGAUGCGCGAAAAAGAUACGCGUGGCGUGUCGAAUAACAAACAAAUGGCACUGAAUGUCUUCGGGUAUUUGGUGCGAGCGAACCCAACGUGGCUGUACAAAGUGACGAAUCACGGUUUGCUGCGCGAAAUUUUGAAGUUGCUGAAGAACGAUAAUGACGUCGUGAUUUACAUGUCAGCGCUGUGGUCAAUUAUUGCCCUGUUACCGAUUGUGCCAUCGUCCGUAGCUCAAUAUUUGCACGAUUUAUUCGACGUUUUUGGGCAUUUGGCAGCGUGGAAAGACUCGCAAGUGUUGAACGAAGUCGAACAUUUGAAUUUGCAGAUCGGAUUGAUUUUUCUCUUUACGCGUCUUUAUGGGAUGUAUCCGUGCAACUUUAUGGAUUACAUUAAAACGCACUAUAUCGCCAACAAGGACAAGCAAUCCAUCUACCAACACACGAUUAAAGGGCUUAUUGACACAGUUAAACUUCAUCCGUUGAUCAUGACGGCGACAAAAGAGACUGAAAUUAGUCCCGCACGUUGGAAAAAGAUGGAGCCGCAUGACGUUGUCUUCGAAUGUGCUCGUCUCUCGUUGGAAUAUAACGAAAGACCGCAAGAUUUCGUCAAUGAUUGCACGACACGACAUCUCACGCCUGUCCCAUUGCUACUUUCAGACUCUUCGGGCGCCACAAUUCGCGUAAGUGACCUCAUGUUACCCAAUAACAAGGCUCUGGCAUCUAUCCAAAACGACAAAUUCGAAAGUAUUUGGAGUCCGAGUAACGUGGUUCAUGCAACGCCUCCUCCAACGGGCGCUUUAUCGUCUCACACAUCGACACCGACACCAAAUUUGCACAAUUUUGGCAUGCAACCGCCCAAUUCGCAGCAACAACAACACUCGGAUAGCUCGUCGCCGCCCGAAGCUGCCGUUGAAGCGACACCCGAAACGACCCCCAUGAAGGAUAAUGUCAAAAAUGUGCAUUCGUUACCGACAAAUUCGACAAUUGCGCGGGCGAUUUGGAACACGUCGCAACCGUCGUCGCCCUUGAAGAAGGAUUCGUCGCCGUUUCGCUUUUCCGCGGCGGAAAUUCAAGACCAAAAUACGGGAACGAAUCAGCGGUUGAUGAAACUCAUGGAUGACAGAAGCAUCGCGGUGAAUCAUUUGAAGCAGAGUAAAAUGGUUGUUUCGCCGCCCACAGUUGGAAAUGCCGAUGAAGACAAGGAAGAUCAGGAAGUUCGGGUGAUUAAUAGCAGACCAAUGGAUGUCCCGGUGAAGCCAGUUGCGGAUGACAUGAUGGCGAAUUUUGAGAAUGAGGGAUCGUCGCCUUGUAGCGUGGGCGGUUUGCAUAUUCCGUUUUCGCGGUCGGUGUAUGAGCUGAAAAAUAAAGUGAAUCGAUUGAGAUUGGUCAGUAAUUGCAUUGAAGAUGCGAGUUUUAGUGCAGGAACGAGUCCCGAUGCGCAUGGAAAUAUUAUGGUGACGCGCGGGAAUAAACAAACGAGAAUUAGACGUUUCAAUUCGUGUCCUCGGAUGUCUUUAAAUGCCGCAGAUUCAACCCCCAUCUACGAUUUGCGUCGCGAAUCAAAAUCUUCGAGCAACAAACGCAACGACAAACCCCCAAGUCAGCAUUCGAAGAAGCUCUUGCAGCAAAUUCGUGACGAUCUUCUCACAAAAAGCAGCGGCGCCUUCGGUCGAACUGAUGCCUCCGUGCAAACCGUAAAAACUGUCUUCGAUCAACCGUACGACGGUCUCAUGUCGGCAACGAUAAACGAGGAAAAAGAAAUAAAAUCGCGCAAUUCGUUGCCUUCCAUCGACGCAAAAAUCAAAAGUUUAAAAUCGCCGUACGAGCUGCUCGACAAAGUCAUCGAAAUCGCAGGAACGCGCAACAUUGGAGGCUCAGGUGCCGUAAAAACCGUCGACGAAUACAAAGAAAGUCUGAAUCUGAUCCAUUUGCAGCUGCAAUACGAAAAGCAUCGUCGCGAAGUGCACGCCGACCGAAAUCGUCGAUUGCUCGGCAUGACACGUAAAAUCCAUCAGUACGAACAAAGUCACCAAUCGCUAACGGAACAAAAUAAGAUCCUCAUGAACGACUUGCAGCUCGUGAAUGAUCAGCUAACGAAGUUGCGGUACACGUUCAAUUUGCGCGAACAGGAGAUGCUGAAAGAGACUGAAGUGUUCCGGAACAAGUAUCACGUGGAAAAUGAGGAAAAUCAAAAGUUGCGUGCCCUCGUCGAGCAACUGCGUGCGGAAAAUGCCGAAUAUUCGCGCGAAAAGAAAGAAACGCAUUUGGAACUGGAAAAAGCACGCGGCGAACUGUUCGACGUGAAAAACGAAUUGCGACAAAUGAUGAUCCAAGCAGAACUCGUAAAUCGCUACAAAGACGAACUGAAUCACCUGCAAUCCGAAGUUAUCAUGAUGGGCGAAGUGCAGCUCAAGUGCAAAGAGAAAUUCUCGAGUAUCGGGCUUCUCGACGCAAAAGACUACAAAAUUUCGUUGCUGCAAGAGAGUUACAUGGAGGAAAUUAGCAACCUCAAAGCUGCUCUCGAGUCGAAAAAAUCCAGCUUGGAAACGGCUUUACUGAAAGUCACCGAUCUGGAGAACCAAUUGACACGUCGUGACGUCAUCUCGGCCGAUCUGAAGCGCGAUUUGAAACGCACGAAAGAAGAAUACGAGGAAAAAAUCAACGCCCUCGAGAAAAAAUACACGGCACAAAAGGCGAUCAUGCUCCGCAAAGACGAACACAUUUUGGAAUUAUACAAAAACAGAUCGCCCGUCAAUAUGACAGCUUUAUCGCCGGAUUCUGAGCGCGGAGGUGUCAGCGAAAUCACCGCAGGCUCAUUGGAUCAUGCCUCAUCGCCUCUGUCGCUCUCCCAAACAUCAAGUGACGGCUUAUCCGCGAGUUUCAGCAAGUCCGUUACCGAAAUCCGCAAUUUACAGGCCUUGGUGCAACAAAGUACGAGCACUGUAGCAACAGAAAUCACGGGAAAAUCGCAUCCCGCUGACAUACCAACCACUUCUAACCAACUCAAGUAACGCGAUGACACAUUUUAACCCAGUUUUCUGUUGAAAUUUAUGAAAAAAAAGAGAAAUAUUCUUAA